AAUAAUAAUAAUAUCUGCUAAUAUCUAUGCUAGAGCAUCAGCAUAGCUUCUUUUGCAUCCAAAUUAACAGGUAUAAAUAUCAAGUGAGUUAGACAGAUUGAACUAUCCAUUUCCCAUUUAUAAAAGCAUAGCAUUUAUUGACAUUGAGCUAGCUAGGUUCAAACCAAACCUUUAUAUUGAUUCUUUCUUUCAAGCAUUCUCAACCCAGCCCAAAAUUUCAGUUCCUCUCCAUCUCAUCACACAUCAACAAAGCUUUGACAGGAAAAGAGAGAACAGUGGGUCAAAUUUGAAGCGAUAACCCCAAGCAUUGCAGCUUAUAGGUGCAGCUGGAGUUAGCGCUCACCGGAAAAGCAGGUAGAGUGUAAUUGGCAACCAAAUGGAAAACGGAGAUAUCAUCCAGUCUCCAAGCCCGCUUAGGAAGAUUGUGACAGUUGCAGCCAUUGCCGCCGGCAUCCAGUUCGGAUGGGCUCUGCAGCUGUCUCUUCUAACCCCAUACGUCCAAACCCUUGGCGUCCCUCACACCUGGGCUGCUUUCAUUUGGCUUUGUGGCCCCAUUUCUGGCCUUCUGGUUCAACCAAUUGUAGGCUACAACAGUGACCGUUGCACUUCUCGUUUUGGGCGCCGCCGACCCUUUAUUGCUGCUGGAGCUGCCUUCGUCUGUAUUGCUGUCUUCCUUAUCGGUUUCGCCAAAGAUAUGGGUCACCAUGCUGGUGAUUCCUUGGAGAAAUCCACUAAACCAAGAGCGGUUGCUAUCUUUGUUGUAGGGUUUUGGAUUCUUGAUGUGGCUAACAACAUGUUACAAGGUCCAUGUCGUGCUCUUCUUGCAGACCUCUCAGCCAAUGACCACAAAAAAAUGAGAACUGCAAAUGGUUGGUUCUCGUUUUUCAUGGCUGUUGGCAACGUUUUGGGUUACGCAGCUGGUUCCUACUCACACCUUUAUAAGAUCUUCCCCUUCACGAGGACUAAAGCUUGUGAUGUUUACUGUGCAAACCUCAAGUCUUGCUUCACUAUUGACAUUAUGAUCCUGUUGUUAGUGACUGUAACCGCGAUUACGACAGUGAAGGAGGAGCCCUUAACCAAGGAAGUCCAAGAGGAAGAAACCAAAGCGCCUGCUCCUUUCGUUGGGGAGAUUGUGUCAGCUUUCAAGACUUUGAAGAAGCCAAUGUGGAUCUUGCUUCUUGUCACUUGCCUCAACUGGAUUGCUUGGUUCCCAUUCUUGUUGUUUGACACUGACUGGAUGGGGACAGAGGUUUACGGAGGCAAGGUAAAGGGCAACCCACUUCAAGUUAAGAUUUACGGUGAUGGAGUGAGAGCAGGUGCAUUGGGGUUGAUGAUCAACUCCAUCGUCUUGGGGUUAACUUCACUGGUGCUGGAGCCUGUAGGCCGCUUGAUUGGUGGUGUCAAAAACUUGUGGGGUAUAGUGAACUUCAUUUUGUGCGCAUGCUUGGCAUCGACGGUGUUGAUUACCAAGAUAGCUGAGGCCUGGAGACAACACAACGGGCCCGAUCUUGUCCAUCCUCCGGUUAACAUCAAAGGCUCUGCCUUGGCGGUGUUUGGACUCUUGGGCAUUCCACUUGCGGUAACAUUCAGCAUUCCAUUUGCUUUGGCAUCCAUAUAUUGUUCUAACGCAGGUGGUGGUCAAGGUCUCUCCCUAGGAGUGCUGAACAUGUCCAUAGUCAUCCCACAGAUGUUUGUAUCUGUAGUUAGCGGACCGCUGGAUGCAGCAUUGGGCGGCGGCAAUUUGCCAGCCUUCGUGUUAGGGUCCAUUGCGGCUGCUGCCAGCGCGUUGUUGGCAAUGUUGGCGCUGCCAAACCCACCUAAACAAAUAUCUCUUUCGCCAGGAAUGGCUGCCGGCCACUAAUAAAUUUUUUUUCUUUUGGCCAGUAGCCACUAAUAACUUCAAUUUGACAAUUUGCUACGUCAAUAUCGCUUUGAUGCAAUGCAGUAGUCAUGUCAUGGCUAGUCCCACGCCUCCUUAUGUAUUUGCAAGUGUUUAUUUAUAUCAUAUAUAGGCAAGUUUGCAGGGAAAUCCUUUUUUAUUGUGUAAAAUUAAUCUGAGCUAUAUUUUUAUGUGUGAGAGCUUAGAUAUAAAUUCAACUGUCUACAUUGAAUCCUAUAUAUUGUAGUAAAUUUCUGCUGCAUACAUAUUAUUUAACAAUUUUUUUGUUGGA